AUGCCAAAGGUAUCCGACGUAUCCCAGAGCGAGCCACAAGUCGCAUAUGUAGCUUCAUCUGCAUCCGAGUCGGAGAACUCUGAGCUUGAGGUUGAGAACUCGGAGGACUCUGAGCAAUCCGAGAGCGAGCAGAUCGAGCCUGCUCGGGCUGAGCGUGAGCAGUCUGAGGAACCAGAAACAACCAGCAGUGAUGGUGGCGAUGGCGGUGACGAAAGUAACGACAGUGAUGAUAGCGAUGGUGCUGAUGGCUAUGAUAGCGAUGAUGAUGACAACAUCGUGGGAUCCCAGAACACAUUAAAGCGUCGGCCACCCUCACCAGAAGACUCACCAGAAGACAAAGCCCUGCUUAUUCACCAGCAGCGACAGGAGAAGCGUGCCAAGCGCAACCACUGGACAGAUGAAGAGAAGGAACGGCUGUUUGAAAAGCUGAAACAUGGACGGGCAUCACUGGUCGAGAUAGCCAAGCAUGUCGGCCCAGGCAAGUCUCUAAGACACGUGGCCGAGUACAUAGAGCACAUGCAGUUCUGGUCGAAUCGACUUGAGCCCGUAUUUCCCGAUGAUGGCGACGACAGCGGCGACGGCCAUACCUCAGCCGAGGAAAUGAUGAUCCAAGACAUCGACAGUGACGGUGGAGAUUGCGGCGAGAUUGUGAACCACCCGGCGGUGCACAUGUUCCAUAGGGAUAUGGUCCGAAAUGUGGCGAGGCAGUACUACGUAAAAGCUUCAUUUGUGGUGUCCCCGAUUCUCUACACAGAUCUGGCGAGUGAGCUGGAGAGGUUCCUGCGUAGAAUCAUUACCCGGCUCAUCAUAAAGCACACGUCCAAUGGCACCGUGGUUCUUGCGGAGAAUGAGCUACCGCAGAUUGUGGCCAGCAAGCUAGAUGUGAGGCAAGCAAUACGCGACGAGGGAUUCGGCGAAGACCUGCGGAUGUCAGCCGGUCGCGCAAGAUCCGCUGGAUACACGUCCAAGCUGGCGUCUUCCCCAGUCGAGUACAGCUAUUCGGACAAUGACGGCUCCGCCGCUCUCCGAGACUUCAUCAUUGAUGAUGACCCAGUAUACAAGUGUGCUGCUCCCAGCAGUAGAUUUGGCAAUGGUGACAGCGACAGCGAUUAUGACCUAUCUGGCGAGGACAAUGGCUCAGACGAAGACGCCAGUGUCGAUGUUCGGGCCAGUGAGACUGACCCCGGCGAAUCAGACGGAAUUCACGAAGAGCCGACUGCUACCGGUAGCAGCAACGACAGCGACUAG